CAGAAGCAGGGAGUGAAAGCUAGCUCGUUCGACCAGAGUAUCCAGCUCUAAAAUAUCGUCGUAAACAAACGCAGAAUACGUUAAAAGACGUGGUUUGUCUACCCGACACAGGAAAAUUGCUUUUCCACAGGCGAUGGUGCGGGGUGUGUGGGCGGUGCUCCGGAUGGUGUCCUGCGAACGAGCGGGUGUGCUGAAAUCAAACGUACCUCGAGCCGCAAGGUCUGCUGCACCGUUGCACAGACAGGUCUACGCACCUAUCACUGCCUGCUGCAGCGCUAUAUUCAGUGAGGUGAGAAACCUACAGUCUGCAGUCAGAAUGCCUGAGAUAACCACAGACCACCUGGACCAGAAGCAGGUGCAGCUGCUGUCUGAGAUGUGCAUCCUCAUCGACGAGAACGACCGCAAGAUUGGAGCGGACUCCAAGAAAAACUGCCACCUCAACUCCAACAUCGACAACGGUUUAUUACACAGAGCUUUCAGCGUCUUUAUUUUCAACAGUGAAGAGAAGCUGCUAUUACAACAGAGGUCUGACGCCAAAAUCACUUUUCCGGGCUGUUUCACAAACACAUGCUGCAGUCAUCCUUUACACACAGACAGUGAGCUGGAGGAGAAGGAUGCAAUUGGAGUGAGGAGAGCUGCUCAGAGGAGACUUGAAGCUGAACUGGGUAUCCCCAUGGAACAGGUGACACCAGAUGAAAUGACGUACCUGACAAGGAUCCACUACAGGGCCCAGUCAGAUGGUGUGUGGGGAGAACAUGAGAUUGACUACAUCCUCUUCAUGCAGAAGGACGUGGAGUUGAGUCCAGAUCCCAAUGAGAUUAAAAGCCACUGUUAUGUGAGCAAGGAGGAGCUGAAGGAGAUGUUAAAGAAGGCCAAGCGCCAGGAACUGGAGCUCACACCCUGGUUCAGCCUCAUCGCAGAGACCUUCCUCUUCAAGUGGUGGGACAAUCUGCACAACCUCAAGCAGUUCAUAGAUCACAACAAGAUCCACCGUAUGUAACUUUAAAGACAUUUAACUUUUUUUCUUUUAUCAAAUAGAAAAAUGCAAUGUUAAUGGCAACUCCAUGAAGAGAAUAGCCUAUUUUUCUAUAAAAACAAGUGCCUGAGUACAAGGUCCUUAGGUUGAGAUGAAUAAGUACUGAUGUGAUGUCACAACAACCACUGUCACUCUGUAUAUUGACACUAUCAGUGCACAAGCUGUAUCUUUGUAUCCUUUUUCAAAAUAAAGUGUUUCAUUGUGGUCA